AUGGCCUCGCACAUAUUCCGUUCCACAUUUCGCUCGUCGGUAACCCCCCUUCUCCGGACUCCGGCCCCGACGCACGCCUUUGGGUGCCCUACGCUCUCCCUUGCGCGGCGCUUCCUCUCUCAAGCAGUUCGUUCAAAAAUACAGUCGGCGGUGACGGCCACCCCCGUCGUACUUUUCAUGAAAGGGACCCCGGAUGCGCCGCAAUGCGGAUUCUCGCGUGCGGCAAUACAAGUUCUUGGUUUACAUGGAGUACCUCCGGAACAGCUACAGACAUAUAAUGUAUUGGAGGACCAGGAGCUUCGCAACGGUAUCAAGGAAUUUUCGGACUGGCCCACAAUUCCGCAGCUCUACGUAGAUGGCGAGUUUGUGGGAGGCUGCGACAUUCUCUUGAGCAUGCACCAAUCGGGCGAGCUAGAAGACCUACUUGAAAAGAAAGGUGUCCUCCCACCACUCGCUGAACAGCCCACACCUGGUUCUACAUGA